UAAAACCCACAGCCUUUUUGACCCGACAUAUUCUAAUCGACGGUAUCUUAAACCCUAACCCUGCUCACUGGCGAUCCAUCACGGGAGUAGCCUCUCCUCCAGCAUCUACGACAUGGCAAUCAACCAUGCCGAAUGCCGAAGUAGGUCCACCGGAGGUGACCCUGGAAACGUCAAUGGGUUCUUUCACUGUUAUGAUGUACGAUAAGCACUCGCCAAAAACUUGCAAAAACUUCAUUGAACUAUCUCGAAGGGGUUACUACAACAACGUUAAAUUCCACAGAAUCAUCAAGGAUUUUAUAAUUCAAGGAAGUGAUCCCACUGGCACAGGAAGGGUUGGAGAAUCCAUUUAUGGCUCAAAGUUUGAAGAGAUCACUCCAAAGUUGAAGUGAUCACAUUGGCUCCAGCUCAAUCACUUGAUUAAAGUUAUUAUUAUAAACUAUAAAUAUAGCUUUGUUUGUUAAAUUUUAAUAUAUGUCCAUCAUAAUUUCCAGGAAAACCACAGAUAUUUGGAAGAGUAUGUAGAGGAAUGGAGAUUGUGAAGAGACUUGGUAGUGUUCAGACUGAUAAUACUGAUAGGCCUGUUCAUGAUGUGAAAUUACUACGAACAAGUGUUAAAGAUUGAUGCUUUUUGGCAUCAUAGAUUCUCAAAAGCAAGGUAUUGCUACUAUCCAUAACCCCAUGAAUGUAAUCGAAUUAUACAGGGCUUCAUAUGAAUGCAAUUAAACAUGAACACAUUAGUAUCUUGUAGUUUGACAUCGCAACAAAAUGAUGAUUUGUUUCUCCAUGUUCUAAUUUGGUAAAGUUA